AUGUGGGGUCCAGGGGUCACCGCCGAGGGCCUGUCAGUGGCUCCAGCGCCACCGCCGCUGCUGCCGCUGCUACUGUUGCUGGCGCUGGCUUUGGUGGCGCCCUCGCGGGGCGGCGGGGGCUGCGCGGAGCUGGCGUGCGGUGAGCGGGAGCGCUGCUGCGACUCGGCCAACGCCACGGCCGUGCGCUGCUGCAAGCUGCCGCUCCACGCCUUCCUGGACAACGUGGGCUGGUUCGUCCGCAAGCUCUCUGGGCUGCUCAUCCUCCUGGUGCUCUUCGCCAUCGGCUACUUCCUGCAGCGUAUCAUCUGCCCCAGCCCACGCAGGUACCCGCGUGGCCAGGCGCGACCUGGUCAGGCACGACCGGGGCCUCCCGGGGGUGCUGGACCGCCUGGGACCGCGGGGCCACCCGACGACGACGACGACGACUCGCCCGCUCUGCUGCGGGACGAGGUGGCCGCGGGCUCGCAGGACUCACUGCUGGACAGUGGCGGUGGUCGGGGCCGAGGAGGUGGCGGACGCCUGCCUCCCUCCUGCGUUUCGGAGCACGAGCUGCGCGUGGUGUCACCGGCCUUUCUCCAGCUGCCCAGCUACGAGGAGGUCAAGUACCUGCCCACCUAUGAGGAGUCCAUGCGGCUGCAGCAGCUCAGCCCUGCUGAGGUCGUGUUGCCCGUGUCGGUGCUCGGUUGCCCGCGAGGCGGCAGUGCCGGGGACACCGACGGCGGCCAGGGCCGUUUCCCGCUCAUCUGA